AUUGAGGCUCUCGCGCCCGCGGCUGCGUCGGGUGAGCGCGCCGGUGGCGCUGCCUUGAUCUCCUCCCCGCAGCCUCCCCUGCGGCCGUCGGCACCGGAUCUGGAAUCUCCUCAGCGCUCUCUCUCUUCUCCCCCGCGAAGCUCCGCUGGACGCCAUGGCUCCUCUCUCCCAGCCCGUGGGAGCAGCCAUGUCUGCAUUGGAACGCUCUGGCGACAACGGCCCUCCGCCCCACCAGCCCCCUGCGGCGGCCGCCGCUCCGGCCCCGUCGGCCUCCCUCACGGAUCCGCGCGUCCCCCGUAGCUCGCGGCAGCCUGCACCCGCGAGCAGGUUCAGAGCGGAGAAUGGGGGGCGUGCGCGGGUUCCCCGCGAGUCUCCUCCCCUGCUCGGGUCGGUGGCCACCCGGCAGCCCUCCGUCUCUGGCGGCGCUUCCGGUCAGUUGCUGGAGUCCCAGGCUUUGAUCCCCGAGGCUCUCCUUGUUCUAUCGGAUCUGGCGGCGGCCCCAACGCUACCUUCGCCACCUCAGGCGGGCCGAGUCCCUGCACCCGGCGUUGGCUUGGUGGUGGUGCUCGACUCCAGGCCUGCUUCCUGGUGCGCUGUCAAUGAUGAUGAGGUCCAGACUGAGGAGUUGGUUCCACAGCCGUUGCCCGACGGGUCUGCCGGCGAUGCACAUCUCCAGCUUGGUUGCUCUGUUGUGAAGGAUGUGGAAGAUAUUGAGGGCCUCACUGAAGGAUGUGAUGACGAGAAGACACCACAGAAGCUGCUUGGUCCAUCUUCAGAGUCGGCUUGCAUCGGCAUCUCUGCUGCCACUGCUGCUCUUGAAGCGGAGGCUGGCUGGGAGCAUGUGGAACGGGGACACCGUUCCGGCCGGGGUGCUCCCCCUGUGCCGUCGAGAGAAGGUCUUGAGCGUAGCCUCGCCUUCAAGCGUUGGGCUCGAGGAAGGUGCUUUCGUUGCCUCGAGCGUGGCCAUCAAGUCCGUGCAUGUCAUGAUCCAUUCAGAUGCAUACGCUGUCGUCGCCCUGGUCAUCGUGAGAGGUUUUGUCGUGCUCACUCUCCGGUUGCUCGGGAUCGCUCUUCGGUCGCCCGCGUGAGCUCUCCGGUCUCUCAAGCUCAUCACCAGCGGAGCCGCUCCCCAUUUGUCCAGCCUUGUUCUUCGCUAACCAGGUGUUGGGCAGAGGUCGUGAGCAACUCGUCGCUGCAUGUGUCGGUGCCGCCAAGGUCCCAAUCUAGGUGUCGCCAGGAUUCCAAUGUUAGUGCCUUUUUGGUCUCUGCUUUGGAGUCCCAGUUUGCUUUGCUACGUACGGAGCUCCUUUAGGAGGUUGAGCUCCUCCGCACUGAGCUUCGCGACGCUCUUGCCAAGCUUCAGGUUGCUUCGGUUGUGCCUUUGGUGCCUGAGCUCCAGUCUGGUUCCACUGAUGAGGUGGAUGAAUGCUUCUUUGGAGAAUUUUCUCCUUGUGCUGUGGAUGGGACGUCGUCUGUCCAUGGCGGUGUGGUCAUCACCGAGGUCGUGGCUCCUGUUCUGCAGAUUAUGCCUGAGCUGCAGGAGCUUUGUGGGGAAUCAGCUAUGGUGCAGCCGAUGAAGCCGGGCUCAUUGGAGUCCUUGGCCUCACCAUCACCGUCAGAGUCCUGCCAGUCGCUCGCCUUUGUGGAUAGUGGAUGUUUGGAUGGUUCUGUCACUCUCUCAUCUAUGCCCAUUGGGCAUGAGGUGUCCUUGAGUGACGAGGUUGAUGAGACAGGUGUGUUGGCGCCUAACUCUGAUGCUCUAUCAUGUGAGCAACUGGAGAUGUCUGAGUCCAUCGUGUCGGUUGCUUCUGUGGUUGAUGAUGUUUAGACGAUUAAUAUGUUGGCUUCUGAUCCUUUGGAGCCUAGCCAGCCGCUCGCCUUUGUGGAGGAUGAAGGUUCUGAUGUUGCGGUAACCCACUCGCACGUGACUGUCAGGCAGGUCUCUGCGCGUGAGAAGGUCGAUGACAUUCUCUUUCAGAUAGAGCUUCAUAGCUUGCUUAAACGUUUGGAGGCGGCUAGCCCUGGAUCUGGCAAGGCGAUUGUGGUGGAGGCUCUUAGGAGCAAAGGAAAGAAGAGUGACGCCACAAAAAAGGCGUCCGCGGCUGCUUAAUGGAUGAUCUUCAGUCUCUUGCGUUGUCCUUAUGGCCUGCAUUGUCUUUGUGGAUUUGGUGGUGUCCGUGGUCGCUAGCCAAGUUAGCCUCGUUUGGGUGUCUUUGUGGAUUUGGUGGUGUCCGUGGUCGCUAGCCAAGUUAGCCUCGUUUGGGGUGUCUUUGCGAUGUAGCAGUGUGGGGUUGAUGGUCUUUACGUGUUGGAUAUGGUUGUCGAGUGAGUAGUCCACAUGUGGUUGAUUUGUAUCGGUUUUUGCCCGGUUUUCCGUUAA